CAUACUCUCAUUUGUGCUCUGGCUUUGGAGAUGGCUAGACUAUCCCUGAAGCUAAGAACAAUUUUUUUUAUCUUUUUAUCAAUCUAUUCUUUCAUUUCCAUUUCUGAGAGCUCUGAGACUUGUGUUUGUGGAAAAAGGCCUUUAAUAGAUAAAAAUCAGCAGAACUCUCGUAUUAUUGGAGGAGUAAAUUCCCUGCCAGGAGCAUGGCCUUGGCUUGUAAGCAUCCAGUUUAGUAAUGGUCCUGGAUAUUCACACUUCUGUGGCGGGUCCAUCCUGAACAACCAAUGGGUGUUGACAGCGGCUCACUGUCUCAUCAAUUAUGAAAAGACAUUUGAUACACUUAGACUGGUAUUUGGAGCCCGCCAGCUUUCUAAGUUGGGUCCAGAAACCCAGAUUCGAAAGAUCAAACAGAUCAAAAUUCAUGAAAAGUACUUGGCAGAAGGAAAAAAUUCUAACGACAUUGCUCUGAUUCUACUGGAUGAGAAAAUCACAUUUAAUGACUACACCCAGCGGGCCUGUUUACCUUCUGAUUCAUUUGAUGUACAACAAAAGACUCUCUGCUAUGCAGCAGGAUGGGGUGUUCUCAAAGAAAAAGGCCAGGAAGCUGCAGAUAUCCUUCAAGAAGCACGGGUGUUUAACAUCAAUAAUGAACUUUGCAACAGCUCUGAAUGGUAUAACGGCAAAGUUUACAAGUACAACCUGUGUGCUGGUCAUAAGGAAGGCAAGAUUGACAGCUGUCAGGGUGACAGUGGAGGUCCUCUUAUGUGCAAGAGAAAUACAAAUAAUGACUAUGUUGUGGUUGGAGUGACAAGCUGGGGAACAGGCUGUGCCCGAAUGCAACGCCCUGGAAUUUACAUCUCUACCCAGCACUUUAGCAAAUGGAUUGAUAGCAAGAUCUUCCAGAAAGAAGAGAAACCCAAGACUAAGACAAAGAGGUCUUUACUAGAAAAGAUCCUUCUUCCCCAACUACCCCCUCAGUUACCGACAACACGGAGCAAAGUUAUUCUGUCCCGGGCACAGCUGGAUGUAUUUGUACAAAGUCCAAAAGUAGAGCAACAACCGACGGAAGUAUUUAAGAAUAAAGCAGCCGAUGAACUUCUUACAGAUACAAAUCCAGUUCAGCAUGCCCAGAUAAUGGCAACAACAGAUCCUGAGCACAUGGGCUUGUGCAAAUCUUUAUGGCACAGUUUUACACAGAUUUAUAGUCGCAUCACUGCCUAUUUACGGUCUGCCUAAUGGGCGCAAUUCUGUCUUAAAUAAAAUAUGAUUUGUAUUCAGAUUA